GCAAAUCGGGCCCGCGGCCGGAUUCCGCCCGAAAAAUCGGGCUAAUCGGGCCGGAUCGUACGACUGCUAAUCGAUUUUGGCUGCCCCUCAAAGCGAGGCUGCCCCUCAAAGCGUUUGGGCAGCGAUGCGGGGCGCUGCCUUGCUCAAAGUGGUGUCCGCCGCAGCGCUCCUGCUGCAGGCCAGCGCACAGUCACUCAAAGAGCUCCUGACCUUGCCGUUCGCGGGCGCCGAACCGUCCGGGGAUGGUGUUUCUGCCGGCGGUGUUCCGCUGCCGGCCGCCGCGCCGGCCACGCCGCGCAAGAAGGGCAGGUGCACGAACCAGGACAGGGAGUGCGAUGUCGACGACGACUGCAACUUUAAGAAGGCGUGGCGCGCCGCGUACGGCAUCGGCACGUGCCAGGGAGGCGAGGGGCGGCGCCGGCGCCGGACGAAGCGGACGCCGGCGCCGGUCGCGCUCAACACGCCAACUCCGAGCCCGACGCCACGGCCGACGCCCCGGCCGACGGUCGACGCCGCCGAGCGCAAGGCGGCGGCGACGCGGCGCUGCGCCGCGUCCGCGCGACGGCCGGUCGUCGACGCCGGCGCGCUCGACGUGCUGCUGGUCGUGCCGGGGCUGCUGGACGCCGGGCGCGUGCAGGUCGCGCGGCGCAACUGGGCGAUGCUCCGCCCCCGCGCCUGCAUCGUGCCGACGUGGCAGCGCUGCGGCGACGACCCCGACCUCGACGAGGCCAUCGACGGCCCCAUCGACGGGGAGGAGGACGGCCCGCGCCUGCCCGACCCAGCGCGCAAAGACAAAUUUCGCGGCGCUUGCCUCACCGGUCGACUUGCACGCAGGCCCUACCUGAGCGAGGCGUGCGACGUGCCGCGCGUGCCGACGAAGGGGACGGGCGGCUACGUGGCGCAGCUCAAGUUCGUCCUGCCGGCGCACGUCCAGGCGCUGGGCGUGCGGUGGGUCUUCGUCGUGAUCUGUGUGGAAAUCAACCAGUGAGCCGGGUGCUCGCGGCCGUCCUGGCUCCGUCGAGUGGUGAUGAACCGGCACCGCCGCGCCAUCGAGCAGUCGAGGUGAAUUUUGAUUUCUACCUAGGUUGUACUAGACGACGUGCGGCUCUUCGCCGGCGAGUUCGACGCCAAGCCUUUUUUCCGGAUCGCGGCCCGCAACGACCUGGACGUCGCGUCGCCGGCGAUCCGCAGGGCCCACGGCCGCCGCUUCCCGGAGAUGCGGCCUCGAUCAGUGCAUGAAUCAAAUUGUCGCGGCGCACCCGAAUCACUGAUUCAUUUGUGCACAGGCCACAGAAGCUCACGAACGGCGCCGUCGGUCGACGCGUGGCGAAAGUAGAGCUCUUCGCGACGGCGUUCACCCCCAAUGCCUAUCACUGUUUCCACGACUUGGCGGACGUCGAGAUGAACGCGGAGGGCUACGGCUACCCGGAUUGGCUGCCCGGCUAUUGCUCUUUGCGGGGUGAAAAGUUCGCGGCCGGCGUCGUGGACGUGUUCCGCGCGUCGCACGGCCUCCCCGGCCGGAGGGACGCGUGGACGAAGUCGUACUCCGACAGCGCGGCGUCCAAGGCCAGGACAGAGAUGGCCGAGUGGUACGCGACGCGCGGCGUCGAGCUGGUGCGCGCGUCGCGGAACGUGACCGGCUACCUGCACGACUCGGACGAUAUGCCUAGUUCCUCCUAGAGUUGUUUGUGUAAGUGUUUGGAAGAA